AUGAUGAUGCCACAGCUACAAUCAGUAAAAGACCAAGCAGGGGACGUGAAAGAAAAAAAUGCAGAUCAAAACAGAGAUAAACGAAAAAGACGAGGUAAUACAAAUCAAGAUUACGUGAGUGCUAAAGGAAAAUUAGUAAAUAGUAGACCAUUUUUGGGAGAUUAUUCGUGUGGAUGUCCAAAAAAAUGUAACGAAGUUUUAUCUGUAGAGGAAAGACAAACUGAUUCGAAUUCGAUAUAUUUUGGAGCGCUGGGUGUUACGAAGCUCGCAUCUUUCAAAAUCAUUCCACUUUGGAUAAAGUUAUCUUCU